GCGUCGUACUGUUCUUGUGUAGGCGAGGAGCGAAGGUUCCGGAGCAGGGUUGUGAUCGAGACGUUCGCCUUCCCAUUUGCACUUGACCGAAGUGAUUAACGCCUAACAGGGAAGACUAGAACCAAUCACGUUAGUUCAAAUAUCUGUGAACAUUUUUUGCUCCAUAGAAGAUAUUCCAGUACUUGCGGCUUUGCUUCCCGAAACGGACUCUGAGCCUGACAGCUGCCGGAAGUGAGGCUGCGGGGGAAUGGCCGCCGCAGCGACCAUGGCGGCCGCUGCCCGGGAGCUGGUGUUGCGGGCUGGAGCCUCAGAUGUGGAGGAGGAGGAGGGCCCGCUGGGGGGUGGUUCUGGACUCCAAGAGCCCCUACAACUUGGGGAGUUGGAUAUCACCUCUGAUGAAUUCAUCUUGGAUGAAGUGGAUGUUCACAUCCAGGCAAAUCUGGAGGACGAGUUAGUGAAGGAAGCUCUCAAAACGGGUGUGGAUCUUCGACACUACUCAAAGCAGGUGGAGCUGGAGCUGCAGCAGAUUGAGCAGAAAUCCAUCCGGGACUAUAUCCAAGAGAGUGAGAACAUAGCCUCUCUGCACAAUCAGAUCACAGCCUGUGACGCCGUCCUGGAGCGCAUGGAGCAGAUGCUGGGAGCUUUUCAGAGCGACCUCAGCUCCAUCAGCUCUGAGAUCCGCACGCUGCAGGAGCAGUCAGGGGCCAUGAACAUCCGGCUCCGUAACCGACAGGCAGUCCGGGGAAGACUUGGGGAACUCGUCGAUGGGCUGGUAGUGCCCUCUGCUCUGGUCACAGCCAUUCUGGAAGCUCCAGUGACAGAGCCCAGGUUCCUGGAACAGCUACAGGAGCUGGACGCCAAGGCGGCCGCAGUCAGAGAGCAGGAGGCCAGAGGCACCGCGGCCUGUGCUGACGUCAGGGGGGUGCUCGACCGGCUCCGUGUCAAGGCAGUGACGAAGAUCCGUGAGUUCAUUCUCCAGAAGAUUUACUCCUUCAGAAAGCCGAUGACCAACUAUCAGAUCCCCCAGACGGCCCUGCUGAAGUACAGAUUUUUCUAUCAGUUCCUACUGGGCAAUGAGCGCGCUACAGCCAAGGAGAUCAGGGAUGAGUAUGUAGAGACGCUGAGCAAGAUCUACCUGUCCUACUUCCGCUCUUACCUGGGGCGCCUCAUGAAAGUGCAGUACGAGGAAGUUGCUGAGAAAGACGAUCUGAUGGGUGUAGAAGACACAGCAAAGAAAGGCUUCUUCUCGAAGCCGUCCCUCCGAAGCAGGAACACCAUCUUUACCCUGGGCACCCGAGGUGCUGUCAUCUCACCGGCCGAGCUCGAGGCCCCCAUCCUGGUGCCCCAUACUGCCCAGCGUGGAGAGCAGAGGUAUCCGUUCGAAGCGCUCUUCCGCAGCCAGCACUACGCCCUCCUCGACAAUUCUUGCCGUGAAUAUCUUUUCAUCUGUGAAUUUUUCGUCGUGUCUGGCCCGGCUGCACACGACCUGUUCCACGCCGUCAUGGGCCGCACGCUCUCCAUGACGCUGAAACACCUGGAGUCCUACCUGGCCGACUGCUACGACGCCAUUGCUGUUUUUCUCUGUAUCCACAUUGUUCUUCGGUUCCGCAACAUCGCAGCAAAGAGGGACGUCCCUGCCCUGGACAGGUACUGGGAGCAGGUGCUUGCCCUGCUGUGGCCUCGGUUUGAGCUGAUCCUGGAGAUGAAUGUCCUGAGUGUCCGCAGCACUGACCCCCAGCGCCUUGGGGGACUGGACACUCGGCCCCACUAUAUCACGCGCCGCUAUGCCGAGUUCUCCUCCGCACUUGUCAGCAUCAACCAGACCAUCCCCAAUGAACGCACCCUGCAGCUGCUGGGACAGCUCCAGGUGGAGGUGGAGAAUUUUGUCCUCCGCGUGGCUGCGGAGUUCUCCUCCAGGAAGGAGCAGCUUGUGUUUCUGAUCAACAACUACGACAUGAUGCUGGGCGUGCUGAUGGAGCGGGCUGCUGACGACAGCAAAGAGGUGGAGAGUUUCCAGCAGCUGCUCAAUGCUCGGACACAGGAGUUCAUUGAGGAGUUGCUGUCCCCCCCCUUCGGGGGUCUGGUGGCAUUCGUGAAGGAGGCUGAAGCCUUGAUUGAGCGUGGGCAGGCUGAGCGGCUCCGAGGGGAGGAAGCCCGAGUCACUCAGCUGAUCCGCGGCUUUGGCGGUUCCUGGAAGGCGUCAGUGGAGUCCUUGAGUCAGGAUGUCAUGCGGAGCUUUACCAACUUUCGAAAUGGAACCAGCAUCAUCCAGGGGGCGCUGACGCAGCUGAUCCAGCUGUACCACCGCUUCCACCGGGUGCUGUCCCAGCCCCAGCUGCGCGCGCUCCCGGCCAGGGCGGAGCUCAUCAACAUCCAUCACCUCAUGGUGGAGCUGAAGAAACACAAGCCCAACUUCUGAUCCAGACCCGCGGGGGCCCUGGGCUCCCGUGGGCUCUGCAGGUCACACUCUGGCCCCCGGGACCCCUUCCCGUUCCCGUUGUCUCCAAGGCUUCCACACACCCCACUCAGCCUGCAUUGCCAGGACUCUGCAUCAACAGAGUGAGCCCGAGGCCACGCCCUGGGCUUCUGUGACCUUCCUUUCCCAGUCCUGUCAGCUCCUCUGCUGCUCAUUCCCAGCCUGUGAGCUUCCAGCGUCCCAGUCCCUGACUGACCCUCAGCUCCUAGGGCAGAGCGGUGUAGCCCACCCUGUCGCUGAUCUGCGGGCUCCUCUGGGACAGUGACAUCACCUCCUGGAGGGCUCAGUCUGUCUGUGGCAAUAAUGAGUACUCACUAUGCUGGGCCCGUGUCCUCUCCUUUGUCCCUGGACCUUUGAGUUCUCCAGCAUUUCCUUAUUGUGGACCUAGUCAGUUCCUGGUGGGCAUCAGGAAGAGGGUGGGGUAGGACCCCCAGGUCUGUUGCUGCUUCUGGCCCAGGGGUGGCAUAGUUGCUCAGGAGGGGACUGUUUGUAGAUCUCCAGGAGGCUGGCAGUUGUCUCAGGGUCUGGGAUCGUGGUAGCUUUGUGCGCUGUCGUGAGGGCUACCAUGGGAGAAAUCCACACAGACUCUGAGGUUGUCUGUGUCGGCCUCUAAGUGGCCCUCACAGCUCCUUUGAGGGUACAGGGCCUGUAACACCUGCACCCAGGCAUCGAGGCAGGGAUGGGCCUGGCUCCAAAACAGAUCUUGUCAUUUCCAUGUAACCCAGACCCUGCCUGCUACCCGCUGCCCUCUGCCCUCUGCCCCACCUCUGUACAGAGUUUGCAGACUCCUGAGCAGCCGUUCCUAAUACUGUGACUCUUUAAUACAGUUCCUCAUGGUGACCACA